GGGGCCCGGUUCCGCGCGCGGGGGGCCGUUGGCUCCAGACAAAUAAACAUGGAGUCCAUCUUCCACGAGAAACAAGAAGGCUCACUCUGUGCUCAGCAUUGCCUGAAUAAUCUAUUGCAAGGAGAGUAUUUCAGCCCUGUGGAAUUAUCCUCAAUUGCACAUCAGCUAGAUGAAGAAGAAAGGAUGAGAAUGGCAGAAGGAGGAGUUACGAGUGAAGACUACCGUACAUUUUUGCAGCAGCCCUCUGGAAAUAUGGAUGACAGUGGCUUCUUCUCUAUUCAAGUUAUAAGCAAUGCCUUGAAAGUUUGGGGUUUAGAACUAAUCCUGUUCAACAGUCCAGAGUACCAGAGGCUCAGAGUUGAUCCUAUAAAUGAAAGAUCAUUUAUAUGCAAUUAUAAAGAACAUUGGUUUACAGUUAGAAAAUUAGGAAAACAGUGGUUUAACUUGAAUUCUCUAUUGACGGGUCCAGAAUUGAUAUCUGACACAUACCUGGCACUUUUCUUGGCUCAGUUACAACAGGAAGGUUAUUCUAUAUUUGUUGUUAAGGGUGACCUGCCAGACUGUGAAGCUGACCAGCUUUUGCAGAUGAUCAGGGUCCAGCAGAUGCAUCGGCCAAAACUUAUUGGAGAGGAAUUAGCACAGCUGAAAGAACAGAGUGUUCUUAAAGCUGACCUGGAGCGGGUCUUAGACGCAAACGAUGGAUCAGGAAUGUUAGAGGAAGAUGAGGAGGAUUUGCAGAGGGCUCUGGCACUAAGUCGCCAGGACAUUGCCAUGGAGGAUGAAGAAGCAGAUCUCCGCAGGGCCAUUCAGCUCAGUAUGCAAGGUAGUUCCAGGAAUAUAUCUCAAGAUACCCCACAGACAUCAAGUACAAAUCUUACUUCCGAAGAGCUACGGAAAAGAAGAGAAGCCUACUUUGAAAAGCAGCAGCAGCAAAAGAUAGAUCCACCUGGACAGCUUUCAUACCCGUGUGAAAGGCCAACCACAAGUUCGGAAGGACUUAGGAAUGAUCAAGGUGAUGGUAUGAGUGAAGAAGACAUGCUUCAAGCAGCUGUGACCAUGUCGUUAGAAACUGUUAAAAAUAAUUUGAAAGCAGAAGGAAAAAAAUAAUUUCUUUUAAAAAUCAUUUUGAUAUUUAAUCUUUCUAACAUUGUCCUUUGUGGUUACAACAUAGGGUCCAUUUUGGUAUUGUGUCAAAGAGAACAUGCUCACCAGAGAAAAUAAAACGCUUAGGUGGUAUGCAAGCAAAAUGAUCAGAAAGUGGAAAUAUUUAUGAGUUAGCACUAAAUAAUGAUCCAAAUACUAGCCAAAGAGGCAGUCAGAAAGUAAAAAUUAAAAUAGAUUUCUAAUGUCCCUUUUUGUUCAAGUGUGCAAUAUCUAACUUCUAAAAUGAGAGCAUUUUUCUUGGCUCUUGUACAAACCAGUUAAUUAGCUCUUGCCUCAGAACUUGUUUUGUACAAGUUCUUUUUCUCUCUUGUUGGAAGGAAGUUGGCUUACUUCAUCAUCUAAUGAUUUCCUUUUGUUUCACAUUAACCAAACUAACCUUUCAGGAAAGCCUCUCUUGGCCAUCUUGUUCAAGAAUGACAAGCCUUUUAUUCCCAAAGUACAAGGCAAUUGAGCACCUGGAUGUUUUGUUAUUUUCUCUGGUCACAAUUUCUCUUCUACCUGGUUUUCUUUAUUUUUCCACAACUCUUUUGAAAUAUGCUAAUCUAUUCUGAGGUUUUGCUUUUUAAGCCUUUUUAUAAUGAGAUCAUUAUAUCAUAACUUUGGUGCAUUCCUAAACUCUAAAAACAGCUCUGCUCAAGUAUUUGAGAAUAAAUGAGCUAUUUAUUUUAAAUGUGUGAGCAUGUGCUUUCCUACCUUCCUUAUGAAUGUCUUUUCAGUUGUGUCAGAACCUUACAGCUUUGUUGUGACCCUGUUUUCCUGCGCCUUACUAUUUUCUUUCUUCUCCACUUGAGAAAAGGAGAAGCAUAGUAUGCAAAUUUCCUCCUCAGACUUCGCAUACAUAACCCACCAUGAAUGUAUGAUAGCUGAAAUUGGCCUUUAGUUUUAGUGGUAGGUUCGGUUGACUUUUUCUUCUGUGACUGGUGCUUUGUGUUUUACAGUUGAGUCGGGGAUGUGGAUGUCUGCUUCACAUACAUUUUGUAGAUAGAGCCUGCCAGAAGAAGGUGGUGAUUUGGAUCAUGAACAUAAUUUAAUAAUGAAAAUACUUAUAAACUUAUACUGUGAUUUGAACCUUGUAUCAACUUCAAAUUGCUUAUGAAUUACAGAAGUCACAGUACUUAAUGGGUCUGUAAAUAAGAAAAUCCUUAGUUUUGAUAAGCAUUCUUUAAUUGGGAUAUACAGAGAGUGUCUUGCUGGGUCAGCCCAGGGGCGUGUGACUUUGAUGAAAAUUAACCAUGUGUCUCUGACAUGGAUCUCAGAUUCUGUUAGCUACUGUCCAUCCCUCACCCCCCACCCCUGUUGAAGUCCUUCUGAAUGUUGAAUUGUACAUAUGGUAAAACGCGAGACGUUUUAGCCAACAGCUUAGAAAGAUAAAGGCCGGCGUGUGAGUCUACUAGUGUGUGUGCUCCUGUACACACUUUAUCAGGGAGAGUUUCCAUGUAGGAUUUGCUAGCUGAAAAGAGCGAAAGGCAUUUUUAUUUAUGAUUAUGAAAGUUUUUUCUUGGAUAGAAAAGGUUUUCUUUUCAGUAGUGCUGGGGAUUGAACCCAGGGCGAGUACUCUACCUCUGAGCUACAGUCCCAGCUCUAGCACAGAUUUUUUAAAAAUUCGUUAUUUUAUGUCAAUUAAAGCUUUUUGGAGUUUCCUGUUUGCAAAAUUGGGCAGUUUUAUUUUAAAAUCUAAAGUUUUCUUUCAAUAAUUGAAAGUCUCUGAUUGUAAAACUUUAGGGUGUUAAAGUUAGGAAUCUUCCUUCAAGAUUCACAAAGUUAAAGGUGAAGUUGAAACUGAAUGAUGUUUGUAUCAGUACAUCACAUUUUCCAUGAACAUUGGACCCUGAUCAUCUCCUUUUGAAAGGUCACCUUGAACUUUUCAUGUACUUGAAUCAAUGAGCUACUUAAUAUAAAAAUGAGAAAACCAAUUGUAUUUCAGUUUUGACUUUAGAGUUUAUAACAAGUUUAUGUAUCCCACCACUUGAUGCACUUAAGAUGAAGUGGCAUAUUGAUUUUCAUUUAUUAGGGACUUCUUAAAGCAGGGCUGAACAUACACUGGAAAUGUUUGGAUGUGUUUAUUUAGUUUGUUGGGAAACUUAACAUUUGGCAAGGCAGAUGCAAAACCCCCCACUGAGCUGCCUGCCUUCUUGUUUGGAUUGAUCUGAGCAUUUAUAUUCUGUUUUCAGAUGUCAGUGCUUAUAACAAUAGUAUCAAAAAGUGUAAAAGUUACACAAAGCUAUACUUCAUAUGCCAGGAACUAGCAUUUACUGUAAAGUGAAAAGCACCUAUGAGAAAGUAAGAACAAGUAAUCCUCAGGAACUAUCUGGUUACAAAUUUGAUAAAGAUUUCUAUUAUGUUUUACCAAUUGGGAGCAUCAUAAUGUUUAAUAUUUAAACUAUUGGUAUUGUUUUUCUAGUGUAUAACUUGUAUUAUCAGGAUAAAAUUUGUACAGUGGUGAUACUAGUGUUACAAGUAAGUGUAAGUGAACUUUGGGAAUACCACUUGAAUAUUUGGGGGUUUUAUGGACUUAAGAAGUAGUUUUAAAAAUUUAGAAUAGUUGACUUCUGGUCUAAAAUUAUCAGUGUACUUUUUCUUUUAUUUGCAGUAAUUAGCUUACAAAUAUUUCAGUAAUGUAGACAGACAGUUUUUGCAGAUAGACUCUGCUAAACUUAACACGUUGGCCAAAUAAUUUACAAUUGACAGACUGUUUAAAGAGUUUUGGUUUUUCCUUUCAAACUUUAUUUUUCUUAACAAAGGCUUUACUGAUGGUGCCAAAGUUAAUGAGGAAGAAGCUGGAGGCUAAGGUGACUAUAGACAGAACUGUCAGGAGUCUACGUUUCAUUUCACAUCAAGUUGAGCAAGAUAAAUUUCAUCCCAGAGUCUUAAUCAUUUUCAAAGUCUGCACGUUUGUGAUACUAUUUUUAAAUCAUGUCAGUACCAAAAGUUACUAAAUUCUUAGAGCUGACUUGUGGCAAUCUUUGCCAAUCAGAUAAUUGUCAGUGCUUGAUCAAAAGUUCCUAUUUUAUCUUAUUUUUAUUUUUAUUUUUAUUUUUUUUGAGAUAGAGUCCCGCUCUAGCCCAAGCUGACCUGGAAUUUACUAUGUAGUUUCAGGGUGGCCUCAAACUCAAAACAAUCCUCCUACUUCGUUUCCCGAGUGCUGGGAUUAAAGGCGUGCGCCACCACCCAGUUUAAAUAUGUAAAUAGGAUCCUUUUAAAAUCUCAAGUUGAAAGAUCUUGAUACUUAAAUUAUUAGGAUUUAAUAUUCAGGUAUUAAUAUUGGAGGAUUGGUUAUUUAGCUCAGUGUACAAAGCUCUGGGUUUAGUCCUCAGCACUCAAAAAGAAAAAAACUACAAAAAGGCCAACUACUAAUGCUGGGACCUAUUUAAAAACUCUUGUCUGUGGACGUGAGGGCGUGAUCAGUGCUAGAGCACUUUCCUAGCAUGCUCAAGGCCUUGAAUCCAAUCCUUAGUGCCACAAAAAACUUAAACUUUAUUUGUAGUUGGAGAGCUGUUGGUUAUAUUUUAGCCCUAACAAAUAAGGAGCUACUAUAUAUGUGACUUUUUAAGAACAACCAGAAAACCAGAUUUGAUCAACUAAUCAGUAAUGUAAAUAAUUUUUAAAUGUUUUAUUUAUUUAUUUAUUGAGGCAGAGAGAGAAAGAGAAUGGGCAUGCCAGGGCCUCUAGCCAAUGCAAACAAACUCCAGAUGUGUACACUACCUUGUGCA